AGCAAACCAAUCUCUCUUCCACAACUAUUACUACUCUCUCACCCCAAACUACAAAAAAACACACAAACUUUUUUCUUACUUCCUCUAGAUGCAAGACUCUUCUCUUCCCCGGUCGGAACGUAAUCUCCGGUCACUAGUGCUGGAGAGAACCGGAAAGAACUCGAAGUUUAAAAAUGGGCAAAAGAGUGUUUCCAAGCAUCCCAAUUUUCGUGGGGUCAGAAUGAGACAAUGGGGAAAAUGGGUGUCUGAGAUCAGAGAGCCAAGAAAGAAAUCAAGAAUUUGGCUGGGCACUUUCUCCACACCGGAGAUGGCGGCGCGUGCACACGACGUGGCGGCUUUAGCCAUCAAAGGCGGCUCUGCUCACCUCAAUUUCCCUGAGCUCGCUUGCCAUUUGCCGAGACCGGCCAGCGCAGAUCCUAAAGACAUUCAAGCCGCCGCUGCAGCAGCCGCAGUGGAAUGGAAAGCCCCGGAGUCACCGUCUAGCACGGGGACGUCAUCUAUGACGUCAUCUUCAGUCGCGGACGACGCUUUCUCCGACCUCCCUGAUCUUUUGUUAGACGCGAAUGAUCACAAAGUGGACGGUUUCUGGGACUCGUUUCCCUACGAAGAACCUUUCUUCAUGGGAAACUAUUAGGAAACUGAAAGACGGCAACUUCCGGCUGGUGAAUGUUUUUCCCGGUAAAGAUGGGAGAUGGUGUCGAUAUGUAAGUUUUGUCUUUGUGGGAAAAUUUUUGCUUUAUUUUUAUUUUUUUAUUUACGUGUAAGUUUCCAAAUGUAUGACGUGUAAGUAAAGAAAAAGGUACAGGUUUAUUUAUUUUAUUUUCCUUUUGUUUUUUUUGUACAAAUUCGAAUGUAAUUAACAAAAUGUUUUGUUUA